AUGGAUAAAGUAAAGAUCUAUCUAUUUACAAGUCUCUGUAUUGAUUUCGCAUUCAUUGCUCUAAUUCUGACCAGUAUCACAUAUGACCUUAUAAACAGCUUAGAAGCCGCAGAAAUACUUUGCAUUAUUUUUUCAAUCAUCUCGCUUAUCUCAUUAUUUUUAAUUUUCCUGCAUUUUAUCCUGAUCCUUAUAGUAAAGAUCAAGCUUUUUCCGUUCUUAAAGUACGGUCAUAUCAUAGCGACUCCCGCUUAUUGUUUAGGUACAAUUUUAUAUAUAACAAUCAGCACCUACUAUUCCAUUUCAAAUACAAAAACUGGCUCAGGAACUCUUCUCUCCUACGCUAUUAGUGGCAUUGCUCUCUUCCAAAUAUCUCUUUACAUCUACAUAAAAAAGUUCAAGGACUGGAAUUCUGCCGAUAUCAUGAAAUACGCAGUCAUCGAUGAACAAUUCAAAGCAGAAGACGGCACAGAAAUGAGCUAUACACACAGUGACAUCCCAAAAUCCAAAGAUAACGAGUUUCUAAUCCGAUACGAAGAAUUACAACAAAAAUACGAAGAAGAGCUUAAAUUGACGGCAGCUCUAAAACAAGAAAAAAUUCAGGAAUUCAGAAGGGCUAAAUUAGUUGAGGACAGAAAAGAGCAAGAAGUAGCACAAUUAAAAGCAGAAUUAUUAAGAAUAGAAAAAGACAGAAACGAAGGCAGAGAAAGAAUUAAAAAGAACGAAGAAAGAAUUUUGAAGCUAAAAAAGCAAGUUUCUGACUUAGAAAAUGAGAAAAGGGAAAUUGAAGCAGAAGCUGAGGCAAAUUUAAUGAAUUUUCAUAAGAGCCAGAAUGAAGGAAAUAGCUAUCAAGUCAAUGACCAAAUUAAUGAAGAAGAUCACCCAGACACUAAAGCUUUUAUUCAAAAAAUGAAAGAAUUAGAAAGCGAAAUAGUGGCAAGAGACAAAGAAAUUUUACAGCUAAAACAGAUAGAGAAAACGCAGAAUGAUAAUGUAGAGAAAGAAUUGGAAAUAGCAAAAGCAAGCAUUGAGAAAUUAGAAGAAAAAAUAAAUGAAUUCAAAACUGAAAAUUCGAAUUUGAGGUCAGAAUUAGCUGCUGCUAAAGAAGAUGAUAAGGAGGUGGAAAAGUUGAAUGUGCUUAUAGAGAGGGAACAUAAAAAGAAAGAACUUCGCAUUGUGGAGUUAGAAGGAAUAUUAGCUGAUUUUGGGAAUAAAUUAAAUAUAGAAAAAAAUAAAAACAGUGAGCUUGAAAAAGAAAAAAUUUCGAUUGAGCAAGAAUUAUAUAGUUUAAAAGGAUACAUUAAUAUGGCAGAGGUAAUGCCCUACCUCUUGACGAAAUUUUCCUCAACACCUGCAGGGAAGGGCCAGGUGAAGGAACAAAGCUGAGAACAGGUCCGACACUCUUAGUGUAUAUGGGGCAGAGGUUUUCUCCAUGCAAUAGGGUAUAAUAGCAGGACAUCGGAUUUUUUUCUCCUGACAUGGAAAUAAAAAAGGCACAGUCAGUUAUCGUCUUCAAUAUUAGGUUUCAUCGGUUAGGACCGAUGCCUAGCGCAAUACUGGGUCUACACCUAGGUCCCACACCCUUAGAAACCCAAUAGUGUAAAAGGACUAAAAGAGUCGAUCGAGCAACAAAUGAUACUUCUACAAGGGAAAAAUGCUGAAAUAAACCAAGAAUCCGAAAAAUCCACCAAGGAAAUUAAAGAUUUGCUUAUAAAGCAUCAAGCAGAAAAUGAGAAUUUGAGACAAAAUAUUGAACAUCUUAAAACAGAAAAAGCAUCAUCUCAGCAAGAAAUAAUAAAACUAUCAGAAAAUUUAUCAAAAGCCCAAGACAAUAUCAUCUCCUCAAAUAAACAAAUAGAGUCAUUAAGCUUAGAAAUCAGCAAUUUAAAUACCCAAAUCUCAAACUUCUCAUCCCAAAAUAGCAAAAAAGAAGGAACUAUCGCAAGUCUAACAACGAGCAUAGAAAGUCUCGAAAAUGAAGUCUCAUCAAAAACUGUUGAGAAUAUUCAACUAAAAUUGGGAAUAGAAAGCAAGGAAAAAGAGGUAGCGAGCAUCCAAUUAGAGCUCGAAACUUGUAAAAGCAAAAUAGAUGAGCUGAAUGAAAAUCUAGAAGAAGUAGUGAAGGAGAAGAACGAAAUAGCCCAAAGCUUGACUGCUAUGAUAAUGGAAAAUCAAAAGCUUAUGAUGGAGCACGAGUAA